AUGGAUGCUGACCUUAUUAGGAUGGCUGAGUUUGUGGGGGCUACUGACAUGGCUGCUGUGGCUGGUGCUGGGCCAGCUGGGGCUGUUACUGCACCAGUGGUGGUGGAUGUGGGGGCUGAUGCACCUGAGAUAGUGUCUGAUGGGAGUAGGGCUGACAAGUGCUUCAAGGAUAAAGAUGUGAACCAUGUGGCUAAGGCUCUACAGGAGUACUGUGGUGAAGCUGUGAGCCCUACUCAAGUGUACAAUCACUUGAGAAAGUGGAGGCAGAAGUGGGCUAGGGUUGUCAAGUUGAAGGAUCUUGCCGGUGCACUGUUUGAUCAUGAUGUGAAUGCCAUAAUGCUUGAACCUGAGCACUACAUAGGCCACUACAAGGACCAUCCUAAGGAUGCUCAAUUCCUAAACACCCCAAUCAGGUUCUACACUGAGAUGGUGAGCAUAUUUGGUUCUUCCAUGGCCAAUGGUAGGUUUGCCCUAGGUUCUAGUGAGCCACUUGGGGUGAUCAAUGUUGACAAUGUUGCUGCUAAGAUAGAGGGCCAUGGCUUCACCACUGCUGCUGAUGUCAAAGCCAGCCCUGAGAUGGGUGAGGGCAGCAAGGCAACUGAGCUACUAACUUCCACUGUUGGAGUAAAGAGAAAGAGGGGUAAUUUCACCUCUACACUUAGAGAGACUAGGCCUGCACAUGUGGAUCCUGACCUCUAUCUUGCACUCAUGGAGAUGGCUGGUUUCACCACUGAAGCUCUCAUUGUUGCCUACACCUACCUGCUGGAGAACAAGGCCCUUGGUAGGGACUUUGUGAACAUGGCAAUCAGCCAUAGGGAUAUUUGGCUGAGGAACUACCUUGCCAAGAACUACUAUAUGUAG